UUUUCUUCUUCAACACACUUCUUUAAUUAUUUUUUGUUUGACCUUUUAUAACCCACCUGCUACUUUAUCUUCAUUCUAACUCAAGAUGAUCGUCAUCGUUUAAAUCUCGUGUCUCCUCUCAGUAUCUCUUAUCUUAUGUACUCUCAGAAAAGCUCUCAACAUCUCUCUAUGUCCUGUCUCAACAAUCCAAAUAUGCCUUUCUUCUCAUAUACUACCGAUACACCAUCAACCACCACCCGAAAGAAACAAACUGAACAAUAAUUAUCCAGAUUAAAUUAAACAAAAAAAAGCAAGAUAUAUCCAAAGUCUACCACCCACCCCAGCUCCAGCUCCCACCCCGACCGUAUCCAUAAAUCCAUCAUGAAUAAUACAACACACCACCCCAUCAUUGCCAUGACGAAUCCUCUCGGGUUCACCGACCUUUUUAGUGGAAUGCCUACUGAUACUGGCAAAUCUGCUAGUUUUGACUCUCUCCUCGAUGCUUGGCUUGCCAAUGACCUGACUCAAGCCGGCCUCCUCCCUCCUGUUAAGGAAGAAGUCACCUCACCAUUCCUCGUAUCCUCCCCUCUGACUGCUAGUCCUACCAAUGAAUCCGUCUCGGAUUGCUCUCAAGGCUCAACUCCUCCAUCCAGCGCUAACAGUGUCAUGGAGGUUGCCUUCAACGACCCUUUUGUCGCCCUUUUCCCCGACAUUGGUAUGGCGCCGGCUGCUGUUAUGCCUCCCAGGCAAAAGGCUCUCGCUCCUCGCAUAGCCCCCAAGCCCGCUUUGAUUGCUCCCAAGCCACCGACUCCUAUUGCCCCACGGCCUAUGAUGAGUCCCGUGGUCAUCCCUGAUGCCUCGAGAUUAUCUUCCUACACCGGCAAACGUGCACGCGAUCAUCGCCUCAACAGCACUUCAAGCAGCAGCAGUGGUUCAGAUGAACCCGAUGAAAUUGCUCUCAAGCGUCAGAAGAAUACGGAUGCUGCCAGACGGUCUCGUCUGAAGAAGCUCGUCAAGAUGGAAACCCUUGAAACCCAAGUUUCUGAGCUGGAAGCUGACAACUCCAAACUCAACACCCGUGUUGCUGUUCUGGAAUCUGAAAAGAAUGGCCUUGAAGCCAAGGAACGUUCGCUUGAGGAGCGUGUUCGUAACCUUGAAGCUCAAUUGGCCGAAGCCCAUAAGGCUCUUACUUCUAUCAACAAACAUUAAAAGGCCAUGAGUUUUUUUUAUUUUUCUAUUCUCUCAUCCAUUCAUCAGCAUUUUUCAAUAUCAUUAUUUCCUCAUCAUGAGUGUGUUUACCUCUUUAUUUUUUAAACCAGAGAAUAAAUGAAAAAAAUUUCAGUGAAUCCCAAAAACAGUGAAAAUAAAUUCACUGACAGAAAUCGUCGCUCGACUGGUUUUUUUUUUUCUCUA